GAUAAUGGAAAUAUCAGAAGGAAUCUCCCUUUUUUUCGAACAAGUUCCAUUUAAGAACUGGUCUCCCUCCAAAUGUCUAGAAUAUUUGGAAACAGUGUCGAAAAGUGCACAAAAAAAAGCUAAUAAACUUUAUAAUGAAGUGGAUCAGUUGUUUGAAUCUGAAGAAGUUAUAACAAUUUUUAAAAGAAUGGAUACGAAGGUGAUUGAAGAAAGUAAAAGGCAGUUAUUAGCCGUAAAAAAAUCACUUCGAUACGGAAGUUCAGCUUAUUGUCAAAGAUUACAAAAUAUAUACUGUAUCAUCUUCAGGACAGAAACUCCGGGUGAAGUUUCCAAACGGAAACGUGAAAUAGAAGAUGAUCAAAUUGUAACAGAUCCAAAUGAAAAAUCACUACAAGAUCUGUUUGGUGCCGAAUUUCAAUGCUCCGAGAAUAUGAUGUUAGUCUGUCAAUACCAUAAUGAACUUUACGUAAAUGAUUCUCUGAUUGACUUGAGAUCCAAUUCCAAUUUUACAAACAAACUUCCUUCAAGCCUUCUGAAACCAUAUCUUAAAGAGCUCGAUGACAAGAUUGAAAAUUUGAUUCCAUCAAACGUCCACAACUUUUUAACGGAGUUUUUCAAACAAAAUUUAACGGAUAAUGAUUGGAAUAUUAAGAUUGAUGAUCUUAUUAUGGCAUUUUCUUUGGGACCAAGAAACCCACUUUUGAAUUUGGCUACAUUAGAAAAACCGCACUUAAAUAAUUUUGUAUACCCAUGCCUGCAAGCAUGCCUGUGGUACAUUUCAUUAAUAUGCUACGAGUUUGGGGAGAUAAGCACAAGAAAUCACAAGCGAGAAUGCACUGAUGGUGUCGGAUAUUUAAACACUGCCGAUAAAUUUCAAUUAGUGUACGUGGAAGGUUCAAAGCCAGACGCUAAAGAUGAUAAAGAGAUUGCGGAUGCAUCAAAAAUAUCAAAUAAUCUUCAAAAAAUUUUUUUAAACAUCGUCAAGGAAAACGUAAAAUGCAGAAGGCGACUACCCAAAUCUCUUGCCAUCUUUGGUGGCCAAAGAGGAAAGUUCUGUCUUAAUGAAGUAGAUAAUGCCAAUAUUCCACGUGACUUUACAGAGAUGGCGGACUUUGUGUUUUUUUAUGAAUGCAUGAUAAAGUGGGCCUUGCUAGCUUGGAAAGUCAAGAAAGAUUUUGAAGAAUCAAGAGCUCAAAAGAGGCUGUCAAGACUCUCUUUCAUUAAUGGCCUGAAUGUAGCAAAUGCUCUAUAG